GGCUGCAGCAGCGAAGGCCUGGAAAGUAGGAAAUGCGAAGAUGGCUGCAGAUUUAGGAGAGCUGCUGGUCCCUUAUAUGCCCACCAUCAGAGUUCCCAGAACAGGAGACAGGGUUUUCAAGAGUGAAUGUGCCUUUUCCUACGAUUCUCCCGAGUCCGAGGGAGGCCUCUACGUAUGCAUGAGCACGUUCCUAGGCUUUGGGAGAGAGCACGUGGAGAGGCAUUUCCGCAAAACCGGACAGAGUGUGUACAUGCAUUUGAAACGCACCGUUAAAGAGAAAGCCACGGGUGCUGCAGGGGGUGCUGUGACACGGAAGAGGAACGGGAAGGUUUUCUUAGAUUUAGAACUUAACCGUGAUUUUAACGGAGAUGAUUAUGAAUACGAAGACGAGGCCAAACUUGUCAUAUUCCCAGAGCACCAUGAGAUCCCCUUACCAAACAUUGAGGAGUUGCCUGCACUGGUAACGAUAGCAUGUGACGCUGUGCUCAAUGCCGCAUCCCCCUACAGAAAACAGGAAACCAUAUCCUGGGACGACGAGCUUCAGGUAUCGAGGCAUGCCAGGACACUCCGGCAGCAGGAAAAUGGGGUGCGGAUCCCUCCCAGUGGCUGGAAGUGCUCCAAAUGUGAGAUGAGAGAGAACCUGUGGCUGAACCUGACAGAUGGAGCAGUGCAUUGUGGGAAGUGGUUCUGUGAUGGCACUGGGGGCAACGGACAUGCACUGGAGCACUACAGGGAGACAAACUCCCCCUUGGCAGUCAGACUGGACAGCAUCACACCAGAUGGAGCAGAUGUGUAUUCGUUUGAUGAAGAGGAGGCAGUUUUGAACCCACGACUAGCAAAUCACCUUGCACACUUUGGAAUAGACGUAUUGCAGAUUCAAAAGUCUGUACAGACGCAGAAUGGCCACUCAGAUAAUGAGAUGCGCCUGCGUGCGAGGGAGUGGGAGGUGAUCCAGGAGUCUGGCCACAAACUCAAGGCUGUGUAUGGCUCUGGGUACACCGGAAUCAAGAACCUGGGGAACAGCUGCUACCUGGGAACUGUUAUGCAGGUCCUCUUCAGUAUCCCGGAAUUCCAGAGGAUGUAUGUGGGGAAUCUUCAGCGGAUUUAUGAUUAUUCGCCCCUCGAUCCCACACAGGACUUUGGCACACAGAUGGCGAAACUUGGCCAUGCACUGCUCUCAGGCCAGUACUCCAAACCGCCAGUGAAAUCUGAGCUCAUAGAACAGGUGAUGAAAGAGGAACGCAAAGCAUUGGACUGGCACCAGCAGAAAGGGGUGUCCCCGCGGAUGUUCAAAGCCCUGGUCAGUAAAGACCAUCCGGAAUUCUCCUCCAUUAGGCAACAGGAUGCACAUGAGUUCUUCCUACACCUGAUCAACCUAGUGGAGAGGAACAGCUCCGGCUCAGAGAACCCCAGUGAUGUGUUCCGCUUCCUGGUGGAGGAGAGGGUCCAGUGUUGCCAGUCCCGGAAGGUCCGCUACACACAGAGAGUGGAUUACUGUAUGCGACUGCCAGCCCCCUUGGAGGCUGCCACCAACAAAGAGGAGUUAAUAGCAUAUGAAGAGAAGAGGAGGGAGGCGGAGGAGAACCUGACAGCGCCCCCGGAGCCAGUGAGAGCCAAAAUCCCCUUCACUGCCUGUCUGCAGGCCUUCACGGAGCCUGAGAAUGUGCCAGACUUCUGGAGCUCUGCACUGCAGGCCAAGUCAGCUGGAGUCAAGACAUCCCGUUUUACAUCAUUUCCUGAGUAUAUGGUUGUACAAGUGAAAAAGUUCACUUUUGGGGUGGAUUGGAUACCCAAGAAAUUAGAUGUUUCUGUAGACAUGCCGGACUUCAUGGAUCUCUCUAGACUGCGUGCCACAGGGCUGCAGCCAGGAGAGGAGGAGCUGCCUGACAUCACACCACCCAUUGUCAUUCCUGAGAACAGCAGAGGUAACUCGCUAAGUAACUUCCUGGAUUCUUCAGACAUAGACGAGUCCUCAGUGAUGCUGCUGGCGGAGAUGGGCUUCCCGCAGGAGGCUUGUCGGAAGGCAGUGUACUAUACAGGAAACAUGGGAGCAGAGAUGGCCUUCAGCUGGAUCUUGGCCCAUAUGGAGGAGCCUGAUUUCGCAGAGCCUCUGGCAGUGCAUUCCUUCCCUGAAGCUGGUCCUUCCUUUCCCACCGCCUCUUCCUUCAUGGACAACCAGCCGCCGGAGGAGAGCGUGGCCAUACUGACCUCCAUGGGCUUCCCCAGACACCAGAGUAUCCAGGCCCUCAGAGUCACGAACAACAAUCUGGAGCGGGCCCUGGACUGGAUCUUCACACACCCAGACUGUGAGGAGGAGAGCGAGGUCGCGUCUGACGCGGCCGAUGGAGACCUUGAUUUUGAAAACGAUUUUGCCGGCGCCAACGGCCACAGUGACGCAGCCUUGUCCCCAGACCAUCAUGACAACCAGAAUCCCAGAGUCAAAGACGGACCUGGCCGAUAUGAGCUCUUUGCCUUCAUCAGCCACAUGGGAACAUCAACGAAGUCAGGGCACUAUGUGUGUCACAUUAAAAAAGAGGGAAGAUGGGUUAUCUACAAUGACCACAAAGUCUGUCUGUCAGAGAAGCCUCCGAAAGACUGGGGCUACCUCUAUUUCUACCACCGACUUUGUAGCAGCUAAGCUGGACCCUGGGGUACUGACCUACACACGCCACAGCAGUGAGCGGGCCAGGAAGAAGGAAGGUGUCAGUGAUGAUGCAAACCACCCAGACGAGCUGAGGGGAGAGGAGUCGCUGGAUCCAGGAGGUCACUCUCAAAAUGAGCACAACACAAAUAACAUAGCAAAGGCUUAAUCACAGAUAGAAAACAAUGUGUUUUUCUUCACUGGUCUGUUAAAUUCUUUAUCAUUGAAAUGUAUUGUUUUUUCAAAGGUCAAGGUACAGACAUGCGCGGGCAAUAUUUAACUGAAACCGGUAUCUUGAUACAUCUUAUGUAUCAGUUUUAAUAGUUUAUUUUGUAUGUGUUCAACUACUUGGGUUCAAUGGAAGAGGGUGCCCAUUAAGACCAAUGGUGGGAUGUUUAGAACUGGAAUUGUGCACAGCACAAAGUUUUUUCUAGAAGGUUCUCUGGGGAUGUGACUGAAUUGAACUGAGUAGCAUCAAUAGGGGAAUAGGACUGGCAUUGACUAGCAUACAUCUUUGGGUUGAGGCCUCCUCUUACAGACGUCAUGAUCGGGUUGCAAACACCAAGGUUGAUUGAAGCUUUACUUUGAUUUUAAUUUGAUUGAUUACAACAAUUCAAAUUCUGUGAAGGAUGUGUCCCCAUAGCAGCUGUUCUUGUGAUGUUUUGAUUUUAAGAUGAACGCACUUUGUAACAAAAGAAUAUCCUUUUUUUAAUCGAGAAAAAUUACCCCUGACUUUUCAGAAAUUAGCAUCUCAUUUUGUUGAAGGUGCCAAAAAUAUAAAAGGUAUUUUCAAACCGAAUUCUUCUCCUAAUGCUAUCUGAAUAAAAGAUUGGAAUGCUGUGAGCCCGUGUUACAGUAAAUGUUCCACCACAGUCAAUACAGUGAAUAAUACAGAGGCAUAUCAUCUCGUACGUUUACAUCAUUGAACACUUUUUGCACAGAGGAUAGACUGGAAAUGUAGGAAAAAAUGUUCCCUGAUUUUUGUUUUGUUUUGUUUUUAUUUUUAAGCAUCAGCUCAUGUCUUUGCUGGAACGAAUGUGUAAACGUUUAAUUAUUCAUUACACUACUUUGCUGUACUGCAACAGCUUUAAGCCAAUCUGCAAUCUGAAUUACCAAUGUUUAGCACUCAUUUUCAGAGUUAUUUCAUAUUAAAACGCUUACCGUACCAACACGGAACAACAUAUUCCCUCAAUUACUGCAACUAUUUCUCCAUUUCAUAUUACAGUUUUGUAUAACUUCUAUCACUCAAACAAAAAGCACUUUUUGCCCUUGGAUGUUUCACAGAUUCAUUCUCAGCAUAUUUCUCAGAGAGACUGUGUAAUUUGAAAUUCACGAUAUAUGGUAGUAAUAUGAAACACUGUGACUUUGUGCUCCUUAGAGUCAGCAGAAUGCAGCUGAGUUUGGUUACCAAAAAUAUUGUUAGACAGCCAAUGAAACUGAAAACUUGAAUUGUCACAGUCACAGACUAGAAAGUUUAAACAGUCCGUAUAUCGUACAGUGUAAUUCGUAUAUUUCUAUUUUUCGUGUGUAAAAAAGAAACUGUUUUGUAUUAAUUGCUUUCAGUCAUCAUCUGUCUCCAUUUUCCUGUCAAAAAAAGCAGUCAUUACUUCUGAAAAGUUCUUUUGACUGUGUGCUUUAUCUGUCCAGUCAAAAGUAAAUUGUAUUAUUUGUGUUGACAGCCAUAUCUUUUCCUUUUAACAUUAAAUUCCCUCUUUGUUCCUUACUGUCCUUGACGUUCCUGUUGUCCUGAAUUUUGGGUCUGUCCUUGCAGCUCCCCUCUGUUUGAAGCACUGAGGCAGCGUGUGUCUGGCCUGGCUGUUCGCACGUUCUCUUUCUCUGGGUUGUGACAAUUUGGUAAAAUAGUUUACCUUCCUAUUUCAGCACAUUUCUUUGUACUGUCUGCUCAUGCACUAAGCAUCCAGAUUUGGAUAUUUAGAAUGUACAAUUGAACUUUUGUGGGUUUUUUUUUUCCUUUGAAUGGAAUUCAGAAGGUUACUUCACCUGUUUUUAUUUUAUUUUUUCCUUCUUUUUUUUUUUUGCAGACCGGCCAUGCGCCAGAUCUCUAGUUUGCAUUUCAUACCUUGGUUUUCCCACAGCGAGUAUUUACUGUUGACUUUUUUAUUGAGUUAAGUCUGCUACUGUUGAAACACGUAGAAUUUUAGCUACUGUAUAUACUUUCCCAUCCUAAUGGCGCAGUAUACUGGAAUUGAUGGCUGUACCCAUAAUGCUUUGUGCCAUGCCAUUUAAAUGUGGGCAAUGCCUGGAAAAAUUCAUGGUACACAUACAUCCACUGGUGCUGCUGUCUUGAAA